GAACCAAUCAGUAUAUUCACAUUUCAUUCUGUUUAUAGCAACACAAAGGAGAAAAAAAAAAAACAGUUCUUUUUGUGAAUAUCAUAGCCAAAAAACAAACAAAUACCCAUUGUUUAUAUUCCAUUUUGUUCAUAUUUUAUCUCAUUUUCAAUUCUUGAUUCCAAAGAUUCUUGCAUUGAGGAUUUUAAGGUCUCAAUUAACUAUUCAAGAUUUGAUUUCGAAAUCGUAUGGGGUUAUCCUUUUCAUGCCCACUAGCCAUUAGUACUGAUUCAGAAACUGGCCUUGAUUCUGUCAUUGUGAAAUCUAUCGAUUUUGGAAACGAUGAGCGAAAGACGCCAAUACGAUCAGUUAGCUUCAACAGCCAAGACAAAGAAUCAAUAAUAUUGCAAUUGGAUGGCUCUGGGAAGAUGUCGAUAGAAAAAACUGUCAGCUUUAGGACAAUGGGAAAUGCAAUGGAGUUCAGGAGAAAUUCAUCUGAAGUUAUCGAGUCUCCAAAAUCUCCUCUAGUGUUUACUAGCAGCCCGAAACAUGAGGCAGCGUUAAAAUUGCAGAAAGUGUACAAGAGCUUUAGGACUAGAAGAAAAUUAGCAGACUGUGCAGUACUUAUAGAACAAAGCUGGUGGAAGCUAUUAGAUUUUGCAGAACUCAAGCAUAGUUCUAUUUCAUUUUUCGAUCUUGAUAAACACGAGACAGCGGUUUCUCGCUGGUCGAGGGCAAGAACUAGAGCAGCCAAGGUUGGCAAAGGCUUAUCUAAGAAUGGCAAAGCUCAAAAACUAGCUUUACAGCACUGGCUUGAAGCUAUUGACCCAAGACAUCGUUAUGGACACAACUUGCAUUUCUAUUAUGUCCAGUGGUUGCAUUCUCAAAGCAAAGAGCCCUUCUUCUACUGGUUGGAUAUUGGAGAAGGAAAAGAAGUGAACAUUGCCGAUAAAUGCCCUCGGUGGAAACUUCAGCAGCAAUGCAUUAAGUACCUCGGUCCGAUGGAAAGAAAAGCUUAUGAAGUUGAAGUGCAAGACGGGAAGCUGUUCCACAAGGAAACUGGGAAGCUCCUUGAGACGACCGAUGAACCAAAAGGCACUAAGUGGAUUUUUGUCCUCAGCACCUCUAAAACCUUAUACGUUGGCAAGAAAAUGAAAGGCACGUUUCAGCACUCUAGUUUCUUGGCUGGAGGAGCUACUUUAGCUGCUGGGAGAAUAGUUGCAGAACAAGGAGUAUUGAAGGCUGUCUGGCCUCAUAGUGGACAUUACCGACCUACCCCAGAAAACUUCCAGGACUUCAUUUCAUUCAUGAAGGAGAACAACGUCGACCUCAAUGAUGUUAAGCUUGAUUCUGAUGAAGACGAGGAAGAAUCAGUUGGCAAGAAGAGUGUUGUUUUCCUCAGAGGAGACUCUUCUGAGGACGACUUACAAAAAGACGGUUUGGAGACAGAAGAGAAUGAUUCAGAAGAGUCAACUUCGGAGAAAAGCGACUUAAAAGUGCAAGAGAAUGCUGCAGAUGUACAACUUUCCGAUUCAAAACCAUCUCAUAGCUUCAGUAGCAAAUUGCCUAAUCUUCAAAUUCCUCGCAAUGAUGAUCUCAUAGAGAAACUAAAGAAUGAAAGUGAAGCUGCUAAUUCUAAUUCCAACUCCUUCUUAUUAGAAUCACCAACAGACGGAUUCGAAACAGCAAGAGAAUCUUUUGCUCCCGAACAAGAUCAAAUGGAUGAAAGUAAAGAAGAGAUAAUUCCAGACGAAUCUAUCAUGCAAAGGAUAAAUUCGCACAAGGAUCUUAAAUCGUAUCAAUUGGGAAAGCAAUUGUCUUGCAAAUGGAGCACAGGAGCUGGACCUCGGAUCGGAUGCUUGAGAGAUUACCCGUCACAGUUGCAAUCCCAUGCUUUAGAAGAAGUGAGCUUGUCUCCUAGAAGUGCAUGCCGGCUCAAGAUGAGUUUCUCUUCGAGGGCAUCAACACCAGCGAGCUUGAGCCGGGUAAUGCAGCAUUCAUGUUCCCUUUCUCCUAUGGGGAACAAAACUUUAUCUUGCCUCAGUAGCAGAUAUUCCUCUCCACCUUAUAAAGGACCCUAACUUUAGUUACUCAUGAAACUAGGAUUAGCUUUUUUUCUUUUUUUUUUCUUUCAUUAGUCUGUUCUUUCACUGUGAAUAGACAAAAUGACAUAGGGAUUCUUUACUUAUUCUUUUCAUAAGAAUUCUUUCAUAGUUUUUUGAUUCAACUGUAUACAGUUUUGUUCAUCCUAGAGGUAGAUUGCAAUAUGCAAGUUGUAAAAUUUUGAGUUCCAAUACUUAUUUGUAACUGGAAAACAAAGAAAUGAGAAAUAGAAAAAAAAAGGA